GCAGGGGGUGGCCAUGGGACAAGGAUGCCGCGCUCUUGGGCACUGGUGCUGGUGGUGCUGGGGGGGGCCUGCGCCCUCCCUGCCCCGGCCCCCCUGGCCUACACCCAGGCGCUGGCUCAGGCUGUCGACUCCUACAACCAGCGCCCCGAGGUGCAGAACUCCUUCAGGCUGCUCAGCGCCGACCCAGAGCCUGCCGCGAGCAUCCAGCUCAGCUCCCUGCAGCACCUCAACUUCACCAUCAUGGAGACGCAGUGCCCGGCUCGCUCCAGAAUCCGCCCCGAUGCUUGCGAGUUCAAGGAGGACGGGCUCGUCAAGGACUGCUCUGCACCCGUGCCCCAGCAUGGCGGCUCCGUGCUCGGUGUCACCUGCAUAGACUCCACCACAGACCCUGUCCGGGUCAAGCGCUUCUGGCCGCUGCUGGUAACAGCCAUCAAGACAGUGGCUGCUGGUGUUGGCAUUUUCAAGUCCUUCAAGGGAUGAGCCCCCCUCGAGGGGCUGCCAUCUCCUCCCCUUCCAGUUUGGUGUCCCCCUCUUCCCCAAAUAAAGCUGCUUCCCAGCCCCA